GAAGGACUAGCAACCUGUCCAGAGUCCCUGCAGGACAGGAACAGGAGGGGAAAUCUCAGCAUGGAAAAGCUCUGCACUGAGAACGAAGGGAAGCAGGAAAGCGGGGGAAAGCCCGAAGAUGAAGUGGAGCCUGAAGAUGGAGACAAGUCUGAGGAGGACGAAAUGCCGCACAUAAAGAGGAACCCAGAACACCGCAAGCGCCAGGAUGAGGGACAGGCAGAGGAUGGGGGACAGUCAGAAGAGGAGGGAAAGCAGAAGCAGCAGGGCAAGUCGGAGGAUGAGGGAAACGCGCACGGGGAGGGCGAGCCCGAAGCCCAGGGCCAGCCCGAGGGUGCGCUGCGGGCUGCUGAGAAGCGCCCGGCCGAGGAUUACGUGCCCCGGAAAGCCAAAAGGAAAACGGACAGGGGGACGGAGGAUUCCCCCAAGGACUGUCAGGAGAACGUGCAGGAGAGGCCUGCGGGCGGUGAGGAGGUGAUGAGAGAAUGUGGAGAUGUGUCCCGGGCUCAGGAAGAGCUGAGGAAAAAGCAGAAAACGGGGGGCUUUCAUUGGAUGCAAAGAGAUGUGCAGGAUCCUUUUGCCCAAGGGGCCAACGGGGUGUCAGGGGAGUGCGGGGCGGAGGUAGGGGCCAAAGGGGCUUACAUGAUAUCCCCUAUCUUUAAUACCUUUGGCUUCGAUUCUGGUGUCGCUAAUGAGAAUAUUGCUGACCCCGCUUGCCCUGGCAGGCAUUUGCCAGGCUAUGUGCUUUAACCUCGUGCUGAUCCUUCGCGUUAGGUGUCACUCUUGUUACCAGCAGCCUUCUGACCCAGCUAGAGUGCUCUAUCAGUAGGGGAGUUUUCACCCAUGUGCAUGGAAGAGAUGUUCAUGGUGCAUUGUAAAAUAAUAAAAAAGGACAGUUUUCAGAACCGCAUAUAUAGCAUCUGCCCAUUUUUGUAAAAAUGGAUUCUGCAUAAUGUGUGAGUACAAUUACCUGAUGAGUAUGUAUCUCCAUGUUUCCCUCUACAGACGUGUCCACCCCCUUCUCUUCCCUACUUGUACCAGUAUCAGUAGACACUGCUGUCCCUUCCCCCCAAUCCUCUAGUGUCCUGUGGGUCCCACCAUGUGUGAUUCUUUUUUUUUUUUUUUGAAGAUUUAUUUAUUUUUGUAC